CAUCUUCGCAAAGCUGUUAUUGUUGAGUUUGCCCAGAUGGAGAGCUCUAGCUAUUCUAACGCUGAGUGUGACGAAGUAAGUGGAUCGGUUACUCCAUCUCAGAAGCAAGAGUUGCUGAAAUUUGAGCUUCUAUCUCUCAAAACUGACUUACCUCCUACCGAUGAUGAUGAUGAUAAUAGCUCUGUGGCUUCUAUGAAUGAGGGUUGUGAAUCACCUUUAUCAUCCUGGGAUUCUGAACCUGAAACUGAUAUCCCAUCUUUGAUCAAUUGUGAUGGCAUGCCUGAUCAAGGAUCCCUUCAAAGUAUUAACCUGGAAGAGAACUAUCUUGGUAUGGAAGAACAAAACCAGUUUGUUGGGGUCGAAAAUUCGGAUGAUGGUUUAUUGUGGGAGAUGGACAAUAGAAGUUAUGAUGACUUGGUUAAAAAGUUCUUGGAAAAGGAGGAAGAGCUAAGAUUGUCAUAUUUUAGACUUGAGCUUUUGGAACAAGAGAAUAUCAAUUUGAAGGUUCAAGCUGAGAAUAGCGAGGGUCAGCUUGAAAAUGUGAGUAAAGAAUUAAAGCUGAAAGAGGAGGAGUUGCAUAAACAAAGAGAGCUUUCGGAAGAAGAGAUUUCCAAGUUGAAGAUUCAAAUUGAGAAAAGUGAGAAUCGGCUUAAUAAUGUGAAUAAAGAAUUGAAGCGGAAAGAGGAGGAACUAAAAAUACAAAAAGGGGUUUGGGAAAAAGGCAUUUCAUAUUGGGAGUUUCAAAUUGAGAAAAGUGAGAAUUGGCUUGAAAAUGUGAGCAAAGAAUUAAAGCUGAAAGAGGAGGAGUUGCAUAAACAAAGAGAGUUUUCGGAAGAAGAGAUUUUCAAGUUGAAGAAUCAAAUUGAGAAAAGUGAGAAUCGGCUUAAUAAUGUGAAUAAAGAAUUGAAGCGGAAAGAGGAGGAACUAAAAAUACAAAAAGAGCUUUCAAAUAAAGACAUUUGGUAUUUGAAGACUCAACUUGAGAAACGUGAGAAUCAGCUUAAUAACGUGAGUGAAGAACUGAAGCUAAAAGAGGAGGAACUGGAAAUACAAAAAGAGCUUUCGGAAGAAAAGAUUGUGAAGUUCAAGGUUCAAUUUGUGAAAAGUGAAAUUCGGUAUAAUACUGUGAAUGAAGAAUUGAAGCUGAAAAAGGAGGAACUGAACAAACAAAAGGAGCUUUCAGAAGAAGAGAUUUUCAAAUUGAAGACUCAAAUUGAGAAAAGUGAGAUUCAGCUUAAUAAUGUGAAUGAAGAAUUGAAGCUGAAAGAGGAGGAACUGAAUAAACAAAAGGAGCUUUCAGAAGAAGAGAUUUUCAAAUUGAAGACUCAAAUUGAGAAAAGUGAGAUUCAGCUUAAUAAUGUGAAUGAAGAAUUGAAGCUGAAAGAGGAGGAACUGAAUAAACAAAAGGAGCUUUCAGAAGAAGAGAUUUUCAAGUUGAAGACUCAAAUUGAGAAAAGUGAGAUUCAGCUUAAUAAUGUGAAUGAAGAAUUGAAGCUGAAAGAGGAGGAACUGAAUAAACAAAAGGAGCUUUCAGAAGAAGAGAUUUUCAAGUUGAAGACUCAAAUUGAGAAAAGUGGGGAAGAAUUGAAUCUGAAACGGGAGGAGCCGCUAAAAAUAAUUGCUGAUAUUACAAAUUUGGUGGACCGGCUUGAGGUAGAUCAUGAAAAUCUGGUGAAACAAGUUAAGAUAUCGAAGGAUGAAAUUGCAAUUUUAAGAAUGGAACUUAACAGCAAGUCAUGUGAAACUGAUCUAUUGCAUGGCCAGCUUAAAGUGACAGCCCAAUCAGCAUUGGAGUUACUUGCAGAAAAUCGAAAGCUAGGAGACUUGGUUAAAAUGUAUGAGGCUAAUGAAACUAACCAUGAGCAAGAGGUGCGAAAAUUGAAGUCGGAAUUGCUUGACUGGCAAGCUAAGUUCUCUUUUGAUAUUGCAAGUUUGUCAAAAAUGAAUAUGGAAUUGACCUCUAAACUGGAGGAUUGUAAUUCUAGAAACAAGAAAUUAGAAAACAAACUAAGGCAAUAUGAAGCUGAAAAGUUGAAUCAAGAAGAGCUGCAUGGUACUCAAAAAAUUGUUUUGCAAGAUGAAAUCAUCUCUUUGAGGCAAGAACUUGAACAGAGAAUGGAUGAUGCAGAAGCCACAGAUAAGCAAUUGGACAUGGUAAUGCUUGAACUAGUUGAAGCCAAUGUCAUAAUUGAUAAUUUUAAAGCUGAGAUAUGCUCCCGCGAUGAUAAAAUAUCAAAUAUGCAGAAAUAUAUUGAUGAUGUAAAAACAUCGUUGAAGGAGCUGAUGAUGGACUAUAACACUGCACUGAAUGAACUAUAUAACGUGAACCUGAGAUUGGGAGAACUCGAAAAAGAGGUGACUAGACAGAAUGGCGUGAUCUCGGAUAUGGCUGAGGAGAAGAAGGAAGCAAUUAGACAACUAUGUCUUUCACUUGAGGACUAUAAGAGUAAACUUGAGCACUGCAAGAGUGGAUAUAAUGAACUUCUUCAAACAUUAUAUGGUUAAAGGUGUCGUGGCAGUCGUGCUGUUAUCGCUUCCUAAGGUUACAUUUAGUCGUGUCUCGUCGUUUCAUUUUGUUUAGUUUUUGUUAAUUUUGGUUCUUAUUAGAUUUUUAUCAGUUUCUUAAUUGUUCCUGCUAUGCACCUAAACAUUGCAGAAUUUGUGUGUUUCUUCUUAUAAAUCAAAACU